AUGCUUCAAAAGCUCUGCAAUAUGCCUGCGUAUACUGGGGUAGCACCUUCGUCUACAAGUGUUUUUGCAGUAAAUGAGGACCCGCCUAUCCUUAUGAAAUCUUCUCCACAUGCACAUUCUCAUGGUGUUCGGUCUAUCACCUUCGUUCUUGCUUUGUCAAUUCAUUCAGUCAUCGAAGGCAUCGCACUUGGUGUAGGAGACAAUGCAUCGGAAACCACUGCAUUAUUUCUGUCUCUUCUCGUGCACAAACUGAUAGUUGCUUUCUCAGUGGGCCUACAGUUGGCUCGCACGCAUGCCCAUCAACUGCAGUGGGUAGUAGCGUCUGUGUUUACCUUGGCUCUGAUGUCACCUCUAGGAGCUAUAAUAGGAAUGGCGGUUCAGUCCGCGGCCGAGAAUAGUUUUGGAAAAGAUGUUGCCAUCACAGUCCUUCAGGGGCUCGCAGUCGGCACGUUCCUCUACGUCACCUUUUUCGAGGUGCUUCUUCAUGAAAGAGACAAUGAACAUCCGAAUUUGCUGAAAUUACUUGUCAUGUUGGUUGGAUUUUCCCUCAUUGGACUUCUUCGCCUGAUUGAUAACCAUGAACACGGGGAUUUCUCUCAUGCUUUGGAUAAUUCUACCCAGAUUGCAAUGAUGCGAAGUGGUCACGGUGGUCAUAGCCAUCACCAUGGUCAUAGUCACGAACAUCGAUAA